UAAUUUCACGUCUAAUGUGUUUCGCGAAUCUUUUCCCCACAUAAGAAAGGUUCCUCAAGUUCUUUAUCCUGGAAUACAUUUUGAAGCAUAUGAUAAAAAAGUAGAUGUUGAUGAUAUCAAUAUUAAGAUUUUAGAAAGUUCGAAAAUGACAAUUUUAUCAAUUAAUCGUUUUGAAAGAAAAAAAAAUAUUGUGCUUGCCAUACGUGCUUUUGCAAGGUUACGAGAUGAUAAUAUGAUAUCAGAGGAACAAUUCCUCAACAUGCGUUUGAUCAUUGCCGGUAAAUGUGGAUAUGAUCAUCGUGUGCAAGAGAAUGUGGAUCACCAUAAAGAGUUGGAUCGUGUGGCUUUACGAUUAGAACUCCAAACUUUUACAAUUAUGCCUGGUUCGACAAAAUAUCCACCAGAAUCAGCGCAAGUAAUAUUUUUAUGUUCUUUUAAUGAAGCGCAAAGGACAUAUCUUUUAUCAAAAUCACAUUGUCUUUUAUACACUCCAUCAAAUGAACAUUUUGGAAUUGUGCCCAUAGAGGCUAUGUAUGCUCGUUUACCUGUGAUCGCAUGUAAGAGUGGUGGGCCAAGAGAAACUAUUCAAAAUGAUAUAACGGGUGUUUUAUGUUCGCCUACGCCUUUAGAGUUUUCAGAGGCAAUUGCUGAAUUUAUUUCGGGUAAACAUGAUCGAAAAGUUAUGGGCGAACGUGGGAGAGAGCACGCACAAAAAAAUUUUUCUCUAACCAAAUUUGUCAAUUCACUUGAGCUUAUUUUAAUGAAGUUAGUACAAGACUCUCCGAGGCCAAAACCAUUACAGGGUCCUUUGAUAUGGUUUUCUACCGCUAUCACUUUAUUUGUACUUUUAAUAUAUCAAUAUAGUUAUUAA